ACAAUAACCGACUCCUGUUGCCGUUACGAAUCCGAAUGUAAAGCUAAUUAACAAAACAAUCUCCUAAUUACACACACACCGGUCUGAACGGCGGAGGACGCCAAAACCACAACUCUGAGGCUCUUUAGACAUCUCUGACAGAAACUUUCCACACUGCACUCCUGGGUCUGUUGAGUGUUUUCUGAAGAUAAUGGAGGUGAAGUCUGGAAUACAUCGGACCUGCGGCUCCACCAGCUCGAAUAACGAGCCAAAGCGGGAAGCUGCCGUAUCGUUAGCCUGGUGCGAGACUCCGAAGUUGAUCAGGAAGGAUGCAUCGCUCCGCCGGCGGCUGCUCGUGUCUCGAUCCUCGUCCGAAGCGACGCCUGGAGACGUCUCCAGAGAUCAGCUGACCCGCGAGAGCUUCGACUCUCCAGAUGUCAGCCCGACCGGGCCUUUGUCUUACAGCACUUUAAAAACAGACGACUUCGUGUUCUCCUGCCGGAAGCGCCGUCUCCUGUUCUCGCAGGCCGUCACGUCCACGCUGGAGACCGGCAGGAGCGGCGUUCGUAUGAGCCCGAUGGCCCUCGCUGAACCGGAUCUGGAUGAAAGCAUCAUAGCCGGUCUUCCCAGCUCGCCGCAAACUGAUGACUUCACACCGCUGACCUCAAAGGCCUUCCGGUCGCCUGUGAGAGCGGGAAAGACUGUCCUGGACACGUCCUUGCUCACGCCCGCCUCCGAGGACAGCGGCUUCAGCUCUUUGGGUCUGGAUAAAUCGCACGACUCCUCGGUGGACCACGACGGCUCCUUCCAGGAGCUGGUGCUGCCGGCGAGCUCGUGCGGGAAAGACAAGAGACGCUCGAGGCUGGAGAGACAGCGCAGACUGUCCACGCUCCGAGAGGGAGGCUCGCAGUCAGAGGACGGGCCCAAGAGCCAGCGGAUGGAGCCGCGCACCAGUAAAGACGAGGUGUUUUUGGACGGGACGCCGCUGAGCGCCGCCACGCUGAUGAUGCAGGAGCUGUCUCUGACUCCGGCACUGCAGCUCGUCCACGCCAUUAGCCUUCAGCAGACCAGUUUAGAGGAGCUGCUCCGAGACGGGCCCGUCGAAACCAGCCUGCCGCUCUCGGGACUCAUCGGACGCAAAAUGGGGCUAGACAAGGUGGACGUCAUUGCAGAGCUGAGGAUGAGAAACCUGAGACACGUGCUAGCGGUUAUCUUGAGUGUCCUGUCUGCAGCUGACCUCUACAGGUUUGGCCAGGUGUCUGAUGACUGGAACGACGUCAUCUCCGAAGAUAAGAAAGCUGCUCACAGGAGAAGAAGCCACAUCAGAGAGCUCAAGAUCACACUGGAGGGUGGCAGACCGGCUCAUGUUCCGGAUGCGGACACCAGGUCAGCGCUGGCAUGCCGAUCGGCUCUGGGCAGCGUACAGGCUCAGGCCCGGACGCCUCACACACACACGCCCCGCACUCCGACCCCGAGCAGCGGCCGGCAGUGCAGCUCCAAACGCAUGCAGUUCCUGCAGGCGGCCGAGACUCUGUUGAGUGACGAGUAUCUGAAGCCGUGUCCACGCUGUCAGCAUCCGGCCCGCUGUCACGCUCUGCGCGGCGAGGGUCUGUGCAGCUGGAGUGACUGCAGCUUCCGCUUCUGCACGGCGUGCUCCUGCGCAGUCCACGGAUCCAGAGACUGCGCACACCUGUCUGCCAAACGCCGGAGCAAGAGAGACGUGCUGCCCGGGAGCGCGCAGAGCAAACGCAACGUCCGGCGGCUCUGACUGUGUGUUUGUGUGUGUGUGUGUAAUUAUGAACUUCUCAUGAGUUUUGCACUUGUGUACAGCAAUCAUCUCGGUCCUGUGUAUCUGCAUGUUUGUACAUAUUGCUCUUUACAUGCUUGUUUUUAUACAUUGUUUUAAAUAAAGCCCUUUUUUACCUAUAAA